AUGACACCGGCUGUGCUGCGACUUCGCCCAGCCUCGCGCAGCUCCAGUUCGCCUUCCACCAUCGACUUCACGUCGGUCACCACGGCUUCUCACCAGUCACCAUGGCUUUCUUCACCAACUCCCAACGCCUAUCGGCAACAACUGAAUACGACAUCACACGACCCCGCGCAUCCGCAGGACUUUGUGCUUUACGAUCAACCAGCUCUGCCCCGUCGAUCGCCGAGCGCUCCUCAGCCUGCUCCUACGUUUAACAACGGCCCGCACUUUUACGCCAAUUCUGCCCCAUCAUCCACCACAGAAUUCCAGCAGCCCUUGUCCCGACAACGUCCCCCGGUUCCAUUGUUUCACAGCUCUAGCAACACUACUCCACACGCACCACAAAAACUGCCAAACGUCGCAAACAUGGCAGACCUGAACAGCAACAACUCAUUCGACUCAGGCGCCAGCCUGAUGCCUGCCUUCCAGGCUGGCGGCUUCUCCUUGGAGCAGGUGUCUGCGUUCACCGCGAUCAACGACCCUUCCGUCGCAUCCGGUUCCACGCGCACCGUGUCUCCCAAGGACAUUUUUGCUGAUGCUUUUGGCUCUGCACCCCCCUCUGCGGCGUUCACCAACCUGACCUCGCCCGACAUUGAUGCUUCACCCUUCCUGAACGAGAGCUUCGAGACCUCACCCAUGUUCCAGGGUGAGCCUCUGAUGAACAACUCCAACGACUGGUUUUCACUCUUCCCCGAAGAGGAGAACAAGCUCCAUGAAGUCGCACAAUACGCUCCUGCCGUGCAGUUCCCCAUGGAGCGCACCAUCAGCAGCCAGUCCAUGGAGCGAUCCGGCUCAUCCAGCAUCGGAUCUCCCAUCGUCUUGGACUCCAGCUCGUUCCGAAGGAAGUCAUCUGUCACCAACUCGCCUGCUACCAACGGCAUCAGCAAGUCUCGUCGUCGCAAGGGCGCUCUUCCUCCCAUCGCCGUCGACCCAGGUGACAAGGUCGCCUUGAAGCGAGCGCGUAACACUCUUGCCGCUCGUGAGUCUCGGCAGAGGAAGUUCGACCACGUCUCUGAGCUUGAGAACCGCAACGCCGAGCUUGAGGCCGAGAUUGAGAAGUGGAAGAACAUUGCUUUAGCUCAUGGUUACACAGGAGCGUGA